CCUCCCGCUGCCGGCAGAUGGCGCUAUCACUACCUACAGACGAAUAGAUCUGUUCAGGGUCUUCACCUCUGAUGAAGCCUGAGAACUCUGCUGCUGAUUGGACAAUGCACAGUAGACUUACAUUUAUAUAUAUAUUCAUGUGAUGCUUGAUGUUAUAUAUUGUAUACUCAAUAUUUGUGUAGAUAAGAUAAAAACAAUCACAGUGUACAUGUUGACUCAAAUCUUUAUUUAAACACAGCAAAGAUACAACCAGUUGUGUUUGCAUCAUCACUGCUGGAUGGAACUUCCUUCAUCCAGCAGUGGAUCUCUCUUUGAGUUUGCGUGAGAGUCUGUGGUUUGAUUUCCAAUCAGGAAGAAGAGGAUGAGGAAGAAGUCACAAUAAACGGACGUAUAAUUGGAUCUCAGACUUAUAUUUGACACGAUUAUUCAAGAAACAAACAUGGACUCCGAGUACAUCCGGAAACAUCUUGGAAAGUGUCUGGCAGAGGGACUGGCUGAGGUGGCCGAGCAGCGCCCCUUCAACCCCGUCCUGUGCCUGGCUCACUGGCUCCUCAAACACAACACAAAUGUCCAGGAGGAAAAGGGGAAAAAGGCCCUAUUAGCUCUGCUGGAGAAGGAGCAGGCAAAAGCCAGAGAAGAGGAGCUGAAGGCCAGCAAGGCCUUGGAGGAGGCCAAAAAAAUCUCUGAAAAGGAGCCAGACGACAAACCAAACACUCCUCCUCCUGAAAAGACGCUGGGGGAAGAUGAACAGAAAACUGAAGCUCAGAAAAAUGACCCUUUAAAGGAGGUUACAGAUACUGUAACUGAGAGACAACCUGAGGAGGAGACAAGCUCUGUUCUCACUGAGACCCUCAAUGAGACCCUCAGCAAUGACCUCAGAGGGGAGGCCACAGAGAUAUCAAGGAGCGAUCAAGCUGAAGAAGAAGCAGAAGAGGAGCCACGUGAUAAUGAUGAAGAGGAGAAAGCUGAGGACAUGAGCACCAAUCAGGCAGAGGAGGAACACAAAGAGGAGCUGCCCCUGCAGGCGGCUGAUGAACCCGAGCAGACCGAACCGCUCUCGACACUUGAAAUCCAAGACGCCAAUGAUUUAGAACCAGUCCAAACUGAGGAGCAUCACGAGAAUCAAGGCCCUCGUUCUCCCGAGCACCCAGAGAAGAAGUUUGCUGAAGACGAAACCAAUAAACCUGCAGAUUCCGUCCCCGUGGAGUCGGCCUCACCCCGGAAGGAUGACGAUCUCCAACCGGAGGAGAUCUUCUCUACCGAAGAACAGGAGACACGUGACUCAAGUUCUCCUGCUCCUCAGGAUCAGGCCGACAGGGGACGCACAGGUGAGACCCCAGAUCGCUCUGCAGAGGAAACAGUGACUUCACAAGAGGAACACGAGAUAAAUCCAACCGACGCUGAGGAGAAGGAAGAAGAAAAUGACACAGAUGGUACUUGACCAAGUCAGAGUUUAACCAUAUUUUACAUUUGAAUAAAUACACAAAUGAAACAUGUAAACUGUAGUAUGUGUUAUCUUUCAAUAUUAAAUAUAUACUUUUUCCCAAA